AUGGAUCAACAGCCAAAUGAAACCCCACCAGAACGAAACCAAGAAACACCAGAAGGUCCACCUCCUGGAUUUGAAAAUUUUAAUCCUCAAAUGAUGCAGAUGUUCUUUAACUUUCUACAACAACAAGCUCAGAACAAUUCCAACAACUCCAACCAAGGCUCAACUAGCCAACCACCUAAACCAACGGUAACCUUCAAAGCUUUUCAAGCAGUGCGCCCUCUUGAGUUUAAGGGAACUACUGAUCCUAUUGUAGCAAGAACUUGGUUAAAAGAAAUUGAGAAAGCUUUUGAGAUAGUAGGUGUGGAGGAUGAAAAGAAGACUCUGUUUGCAACUUAUAUGCUCAAAGGGGAAGCUAAUUUUUGGUGGGAAGCAAGAAGGGGAUUAGAAGGUACUGGUAUUAUAACCUGGGAUAGGUUCACCAAACUAUUCCUAGAUAAGUACUAUCCAAAAUAUCUCGAAAACCAAAUGGAGCUCCAGUUUCUAGAGCUUAAACAAGGGAACUUAUCUGUAGCGGAAUACGAGACCAAAUUUUCAGAACUUUCUAGGUUUGUGCCACAUCAUGUUGAUACAGAUGAGAAAAGGGCGCUUCGUUUCCAACAAGGACUGAAACCUUGGAUUCAGAACCGGGUAGCUGUCUUCGAACUCACCAACUAUGCGACUUUGGUUCAGAAAGCUGCUAUUGUGGCAAAAAGGAGCGAGCUCUACAACCGCGAAAGGAAUGACAACAAGCGUAAGGCUCCUCAGUUUGAACGAAGCCAGGGAAAGAAGCUGUGCAAUCAAAAGGUUAAGAAGCCUUUUGUUAACAAGGAAUUCCGAAAGGAGGGAAAUCUUCGGGUGGGUAACCGAGAAGUUCGUGAGGAGAACCAGAGGUUUAAGCCACCACAGUCGACGCACCUUCUUCAGGAAAGACCACUGCUACCAGAGUGCAAAACAUGUGGGAAAAGGCAUCCGGCUCCGUGCUAUCAGGAAUCCAUUACUUGCUUUAUCUGUGGUCAGAAAGGUCACAUUGCUUCCCGGUGCCAGAACAAGGCGAUUACUUGCUAUAAAUGUGGGAAGAAGGGUCAUAUGGCCAAAGAUUGCCGAUCUGUGCAAAAAGAGAGCGAUGUUCCAAGGCUACCAGCUCCGCCAGGAGGCAACAAACCAACUGCUCGCACCUUCAACAUGUCUUUGAAGGAUGCUCUGGCCGACAAUGAUGUGAUAUCAGGUACGCUUACCGUAAAUUCUCAAGAUGCUUGUGUGUUGAUUGACUCGGGUGCUACCAAAUCGUUUAUUUCUGUAAAAUUCAUGCAAAAGUUGGGAAUUGAUCCGAUACCCUUAGCGGAACCUAUGAAUAUAGAGAUAGCUAACCAAGAUACUAUUCCAGUGGAUCGAGUGUGUCCUAGAUGUGAAGUAAUGAUCCAGAAAUAA